UUUUAAAGAAGAAAGUUUCUUUCAAACGAAAAAAAAAAAUGAUCCUUCGGGUAGUCUUACUUUUUGUGAUUUUUUUUAUUUCCGCUUCUGUGGGAUCGGAAGAAAUAGUAUCACAGUGCCAGAAGGAUCACUUAGUCUUGCUGAUAAAGCAUUCGGAAGUCCUGCAUCAACUUAACGAUGUUAGUGAAAGACAUGAAAAGUUGAAAUCAAAGCAUCUGGAAGUCGACAGCCUUCAAGCGCUAAUAAAUCAAAAAAAUGGGGAAAUCUUGCGAUUAAAAGAUGAAGUUAGUUACUUAAGAAAAUCAACUCAACUCCGCGAAGAAAUUAAAAUGAUAGAGAGCACGGAAAUGUUCGAAAAUCAACAGGGUAAUAUUACCAACCAUACAGCUCUUCCAGAUCGGUGUCCGGAUAGCCUAGAUGAAUACCUGAUCGUCCAAGAACUUCAAAUCCCAGGUUCUGAUCCUUUUAAAGUGGUCUGUUACUCAGCUGACUGGAUUGGAUCUGGUUGGAUGAUUGUGUAUAAGAAACGCCAUGAUGUAACUAAUUUUAAUCGCACCUAUGAGGAAUAUGUAAGAGGAUUCGGAGAUGUCGGAACGCUGAGGGAGGAGAAUUACUUUAUCGGGCUCGAAAGAUUGCACCUCCUGACAAAUAGAAACUCUUAUGAGUUACGCUUAGGUUCCCAAGAAUGUGCCAAGUUUGUUGUUGGCAAUCGAAGCGAAGGCUAUGUGGUGAAAGAUAUCGAAGAGUGUUCUGGAGACGCAUCGGAGAGCAUUAAGCUAUCAAAGUUUUCCACCUGGGAUCGAGAUCAGGAUGGAAAUCCCGAUCGUAAUUGGGCAAAGAAGGAGGGCUAUGGCUGGUGGUUCAAUUCUACAAUGAAUAGACUGUUUCACUCGGUUUCAAUUAUGAUCAGAAGAAAGGAUUAAAGAAGAAAGCGGCGGUUCUAAGAGGACUCUGGAAGAG